CGGCGCGGAGGUUUGUUUUUACUCUCUCUCUGUUGUGCUGAACACAUUUAUUGUCAUAUUUCCGGUUAACAGAUGAGUGGAAUGAGUUCUUCCCCCUUUUGAUUUAACGCAGCAUGGGAACUGCCGUGUCCAAGAGGAAGAAUUUAAGGAACGAUGCGAUUUCUUCUGUGGCCGCAAAAGUUAGAGCAGCUCGAGCGUUUGGAGAAUACCUCUCGCAGAACAACCCAGAGAACCGCAACGGAUCAGCUCACCUGCUGUCUGAUACAUUCAUCAGCCAGGACACGGACUCACCAGACAUAAGCCGCCUGCAAAAUAACGCCCUUCACCCGUACCCUCCUCCCGCCAAGCCCAGCCAAGCCCAGCCCAACCACCUGGCUCUCCCGAACACCACCACCACCACCACCACCAGCAGCAGCAGCAGCACCGGCACCGGCACCACCUGCUCGUCCUCCAAGCGCCGCCUGUCGGUGGAGCGCAGCCUGUCCUCCGAGAGCGACUCCCAGCCGCCGCAGCCCAGGGGGAGGAGCGGGGCCGAGGGCUCGCUCAAGCCGGCGCGCGUCUACACCAUCAGCCGCGAGGGCGGCAUGCUGGGGGGUCGCAGCAGCGAGGAGAGCCUGGAGCUGGAGGUGCUGAAGGCAGCCGGGGAGCCGACGCAGACGUGCCACCAGACGCAACCGCAGGCGCCGCUCGCCCAGGAGCCGCGCAACCAUCACCACGGCGGCCACCACCGUGGCAACCACAACCACAACCACAACCAUGGCCCCCAGGCCCAGGGCCAGCCCCUGCAGAGCUCGAGGAGCGCCCACAACAUCCGGGAGUGGAGCGUUCGGAGGGGGGGCUCGCGCGAGGACUGCAGCCCGGACUGCGUGACGGCGUGCGUCCGGCCGCCCUGCCGCAGCCAGCGCUCGCUGGACCUGGACACCUCGCCCCGCGACGGCGGCCGACAACGCAAGAAGCUGGAGAGGGGCUACAGUGAGGACCGCACCUGCAUGGAGGACAGAGAGGACUACACGAACAACUGGUUCCCAAAAGAGAACAUGUUCAGUUUCCAGACGGCCUCCACUACGAUGCAGGCGUGAGUAUGG